AUGACUUUGGCACCACCGCUUACUCGCAUCUUGACAUUCUUUCCUUAUUUCCGUGCGAAUUUUGCUUUAAUGGCAACAGUCAUUGUUAAACUUGGGGGUGCCGCCAUUACAGACAAGUCGAUCUCAGGCACCCUUUCGCCUAAUAUUGACAACCUGGUGGAUGGAGUAACCCGCGCUUAUCAUGAAGAGUUCAGACCCUUGGGAAGACACCUGAUUAUUAUUCAUGGUGCUGGCAGUUUUGGACAUCCUCCCGCUAAGAAGUACCGUGUCAAAUCUGGGUGGCUGACUCUGAGGACAGAGGAGGGCAAAAAUGCAAGCCAUUCAUCAAACGACCAUGCUCGAAGACAACUGGAGCAACAAGAUGAGGUGAAAUUUGGCAUGGCAUUGACAAGGCAACGUGUAUUACGACUACAUCACCAUAUCUUGCAAAGAUUACAGGACCGUGGCGGGCUACCUGUGUUAUCAGUGUCACCAUAUGACACGGUUGAGACAAACGAGGGAACUUUGACAGAGGAAUCAAGCGACCGAUUGGUCGCAAGGGUACAAUACUUGCUACGUCAAGGAUUUGUUCCGCUAUUAUUUGGAGAUGCUGUCCUGGAUCGCGCAUGGGGAGCCACAAUUCUAUCGGGGGAUGCGCUGAUGCACAAGCUGGCGACUCGCUUGCCUAGUGUACGACGAUGUGUGUUCAUCACGGAUGUUGCAGGUAUCUAUACGCGGGAUCCGAAGCAUUGUGCAGAUGCGGUUCUAAUACAGCGUUUGCAUUGUCAUGAACAAAACGACAGCAGAUUCCAUGAACAAAGCACAUUGAAUGGGGUCGACGACGUUACUGGAGCGAUGAAAAGUAAAUGGCAAUGGGCAAAGAACAUCAUGAGCGAUGCUCAUCACGUAUCCAACGUGAUCAUUUGUGAAGCAGCAACAUCGAACAAAGCCAUGGCUGAGGCCGUUGAUGAUAUCACCAUAGACGACGACGUCGAUCUUGCGUGUAAUGCCUGGACAAUCAUUCUUAGGUAG